AUGGCCAGCGCGGUAUUGUACUCACGGUUUAGCCCGGAUGGGGCAGAGUUGGCAACGGUGACGGCGGCGCUAGGACAGGAGCGCGUCGCGGUGGUUAGUGUGGGCGGCGCCCGUACAGACGCCUGGGCGCCGGUAGGCGCUGCGGGCGUGACCACCACGAGCCUGGGAUGGGUGCGCGUGGGGGACGCUGGGUUGGUAGCCGUGGGGCGCAGCGACGGCACGGUCGGUCUAUACAGCGCAGUGGCCAACCGGGUAGUGCAGGAGCUUGCGACUGGCGCCGCGGCGGGUGUGCGCGAUGUGCAGACGCGCGGCGAUCGCGCGCUCGUCCUAGCUGGCGGCGCGCUGUAUGAGUUCAGUCUGGAGGACUUUACACUUGUGCGGCAGCUGCGGCUUGCGGCUUGCGCUGAUGCCGGACGGCUUUGCGUGGUCGAUGAGCACCGGGUGCUGCUGGCGUCGCACACGGUGACGCUUGUGGACCUGCGCUCCGAAAGCGAGCUCCUAACGUUCCCAGGUCACCUCUCAGCGGUCACCACGCUGUAUAUGUUGGAUGAGGAGCAUUUUCUGAGCGGCGCUGCGGACGAUCGGUUUUUGAACGUGUACAAUCUCGAGACUGGUGCCACAAAGGCAGUACUUGUUGCGACGGCCAAUAUAGCACGUGUAUCGCACACAGGAUCGCGUGCAGUCGCAGUAAGCACAGAAGAGGGCCGCGUGGAGGUGUUUGCGGACCCGCUGGUCUCGACCGGUAACAAGCGGCGGGGCAAUUUAUCUAAGCAACCGACACACACGGUGCGCGUGGCGCGCGAUGGCUCUUCCGAUCCGUUGCCGCUAUUCAACUGCUACAUUAAUGGAGAUAUCGCAACUAUCGUAUGGCUGGAAAAUGCCACAGAGCCUCACUUUGAGCGGGUGCAGUGGGAGGCGCUCUCGCCAGCACACACGAUCUUCAAGGCUCGGCCGGCUACCAAAUCUGCCAGCCAUCGCUCCAAGUCUGGUAGCGAUGUCGCCGCUGCCAAGACAUACAAAGAGGGCAACGCUACCGUCACGUCUGGUGACAACUUCCGUCACAUACAGCAGCUCAUCGAUGAGCUCCAGCAGGCAGAUCUAGAUGGAUCAGAGAAUCAGGAGACCCUCCAAGAUAGGUUAUUGGGCGCCAAGCAGCCUCAAGGCAACAAAUCCUCUAAGAAGAACCAAACAGUCGGCACGCUGACGGUUGUCCUGUCGCAAGCACUGCAGUCCAACGACCAUUCGCUACUCGAAACCGUUCUGAAUACCCGCGACGAAAGGCUGAUUCAAGCAACCGUUACAAAGCUGAAACCGGCGCUGUCGGUAACGCUCCUGGAGCGCUUGGCCGAACGUAUUGCAAGACAGACGAACCGUCAGGGCCUACUAAUCGUGUGGUGCAAAUGGUGCCUCAUCGCGCACGGAGGGUAUCUAAUCACAAUACCAAACCUUAUCGCACAGCUGGCCUCGCUGCAUUCGACGCUAAAAAAACGCAGUGAGCAGCUACCACGUCUACAGCUCCUCGAAGCGAUGCUGAAUAGCUGUGUCGACGAUCUCGCCGUGAAGCGCUCCUCCUCUUUCGAGGACUAUACACCUACAGCUACCGUCUGGGAGGACGAGAAUGAGAGCGAUGUCGAGUACAACGAGGAAUUGGACGAUGCAGGACUUAUCGAGGACGGUGAACUCGAUGAAAGCGACGAUGACGACGAUGACGACGACGAGACUGCUGUUCCCGACGGAGAACAGCCUGCGGAGGCAGGCUUGGAAAGCAGCGAUGACGUAGAAGACGAGCACGGCUACAGCGAUGUGGAGACCCAUUAG